GUAUCUUUCCUCCCCUUUUCCAAAACCAAAAAAAAACAAAACAAAACAAAACAAAACAACAACCCCGCCGACAUUCUUAGGACGAGUCCUUUCCAAACUCAUUUACUCUCUCAAUCGGGCAUUGUGGGAAAUUUUUUAUUUAUUUAUUUAAUUUUUAACGUGCUCUUUCACGUUUUUCGUCACUGAACGAGAGCUUUAAGUUUAUAAAUGUUGGAAAGGACGCUUUGUGCUUGAAUGUUGCUUUGUGGAUUUUUUGUGCUAAUAAUAAUAAUAAUAAUAAUAAUAAUAAUAAUAAUAAAACAGAAACCCUGUAAAAUAUUCCAUGUCGGUUGAUUUGCUUGAUGCUUUUUUUCUUUUCUUUUCUUUUUUUUUCUCCUCACCACAAGAGUAAAUUGUGUCGAGAGAAUUUCAGACUCCGAAGGUGAAUUUCAGAGUCAACAGGCGAAUUGUGCGUGAUGUCCUUCCUGCCAGAUUCCAAUCUGUUUGCUUUCCCGUGUGCUCACAAAGGGCUCAUAACUUACUGUCAACUCGCGAGGCGAGCCACAAAGCGUCCCAGUGUUGCUCGGCUUAAACGCUCCGCUCGACGGCUCUGCCGGCUGAAAAGUUUGCCUAACUACACGGGCAGCGACAGCAGGGAUUUUAGAGACCGUGUCCCCUCCGUAAGGUCCUGAUUCGCUGUGAGCGAGCGAGCGUGUGAAAAAAGAGAGGAACGAAAAACACCGCGCUUUUCUUGUCUCGGGAUCUCGAUGCAAUGCGGAGCGUGUGUUUGUGUGUGUGAGCGAGCAGUGGAGCUUAACACUGCCUCCACUGGUUCCUCUGUGUGUGUGUGUGUGUGUGUGUGUGUGUGUGUGUGUGGGGUGGGGGGUGCAUUUAAUCUUUUCCGCUUCUCUCGAUGCUCCCCGAGACGGCGUGCCGUCAGACCGGGACAAGUGCAUGCUAGAGAGUGUGUGUGCAUGUGUGUGUGUGUGUGUGUGUGUAUGAGAGAGAGGGGGAGUAUGUGUUGUGUGUGAGUGUGUGAGAGCGUGUGCGGGUGAAUCGGUUCUUUCGGACGUUUUUUUCUUUUCUUUUUUUUUUUUUUCUGGGAGUUGUAAUGCCAUCCAGUGCUGAAGUGGUGAGCGUCGGAGAGGAAAGAGGGCCAGUGGCUGAGGAGGACAGACUCAGAAUCAUGUCUUCCAAACAAGCCACCUCUCCGUUUGCCUCGGGCGCGGACGUCGGUGAGGACGGAGUGGGUCAGGAGCGCCUGGUUUGGGAGAAGGACGAAGGCAUGGAGCCGCUGGCAGCACCGCAGCUGCCGAUUCACAACCUGCUGCAUGGCAAGAUGCACGGCGAGGAACUGCCACCCGUCAGCAGCAGCGUGCCGCCUGAAUCCGACUGGGACAGCCUGGUGUCGGCCCAGCAGCGCAUGGAGUCAGACAGCAAUAAAGUAUGUUCCCUCUACUCCUUCCGGAAUAACUCUACCUCUCCGCACAAGCCGGAGGAGGGGGCACGGGAGCGAGGUGACCUGCUGGGAGCCUCCGCCUUCGGAACGCCGGAGCGCCGCAAAGGGAGCCUGGCCGACGUGGUGGACACGCUGAAGCAGAAGAAGCUGGAGGAGAUGACGAAGACAGAGCAAGAUGAAACUUCCUGCAUGGAAAAACUGCUUUCUAAAGACUGGAAAGAGAAAAUGGAGAGACUGAACACGAGCGAGCUCUUGGGAGAAAUACAAGGUACUCCAGAAAGUCUGGCUGAGAAAGAGAGGCAGCUUUCGACGAUGAUCACACAGCUGAUCAGCCUGAGAGAGCAGCUCCUGGCCGCCCACGACGAGCAGAAGAAGCUGGCGGCCUCGCAGAUGGAGAAGCAGCGGCAGCAAAUGGAGCUGGCUCGACAGCAGCAAGAACAAAUCGCCAGACAGCAGCAGCAACUUCUCCAGCAGCAGCACAAAAUCAAUCUCCUUCAGCAGCAGAUUCAGCAGGUCCAGGGUCACAUGCCUCCUCUCAUGAUCCCCAUUUUUCCACAUGACCAGCGCACUCUGGCUGCCGCCGCCGCCGCCCAGCAGGGCUUCCUUUUCCCCCCAGGCAUGUCCUACAAGCCAGGUGAUAACUACCCGGUGCAGUUCAUUCCUUCCACAAUGGCAGCUGCCGCCGCGUCAGGACUCAAUCCUCUUCAGCUCCAGCAACUGUACGCCGCCCAGCUGGCCAGCAUGCAGCUCUCUCCAGGAGCCAAGAUGGCACCACUGCCCCAGCCACCCAAUUCUGCAGGGCCACUCUCACCUGGGCCAAAGAGUGAGAAGAGGUCCUCCAGCCCACUGGGCCAGGUCAAGGAGGAGGGAACGCAGCCCUUGAACCUCUCGGCCCGGCCUAAGACAGCUGAGCCAGUGAAAUCCCCCAUGUCCCCGACACACAGCCUGUUCCCGGGCAGCAAGAGCAGUCCGAACAGCCAGUCCAAGAGUGGAGGCAUCCCUAGUCCACUCGCUUUGGGCCGAGGAUCAUCUCUGGAUAUCUUGUCUAACCUGAACUCCACGGCACUAUUUGGAGACCAGGAUGCUGUGAUGAAGGCCAUCCAGGAGGCGAGGAAGAUGAGGGAGCAGAUCCAGCGUGAGCAGCUGCAGCAUCACCAACAGGGCAUGGAGGCUAAACUCUCGGCUCUCUCGGGCCUCGGUCUUAACAACUGCAGGGGUGACAAGGAACGAGUCCACUUUGAAAGCCUGGGGCAUCAUCUGGGAAAACUGGGAGACGAUGGGAAGAUCGGACAGAGAGUCAUCGACCUGACCAGGCCGGAGGAUCUUGACGGGAGUAAGGAGCUGAAUGGUUCUGCAGAUAAACCACAACAGUAUUAUUGUUGGCCAACAGGAGGCGCCAGCACCACCGAAGCCCGGGUGUUCAGAGAAUCGCGAGGACGGAACCCCAAUGAGCCGCACAUCAAGCGACCCAUGAACGCCUUCAUGGUGUGGGCCAAGGACGAGCGCCGCAAGAUCCUGCAGGCUUUCCCGGACAUGCACAACUCCAACAUCAGCAAAAUCCUGGGCUCUCGCUGGAAGGCCAUGUCCAACCAGGAGAAGCAGCCGUACUACGAGGAACAGGCUCGUCUGAGCAAGAUCCACCUGGAGAAGUAUCCCAACUACAAGUACAAGCCUCGGCCCAAGCGCACGUGCAUCAUCGACGGCAAGAAGCUGCGAAUUGGCGAGUACAAGCAGAUGAUGCGCUCGCGGAGACAGGAAAUGCGCCAGUUCUUCACUGUGGGGCAGCAGCCUCAGACUCAGCUCCCGAUCAGCAGCAGCACGGGCGUCGUCUACCCCGGAGCCAUCAGCAUGACGUCAGAUUGCUCGAGCAACUCGGCAAGCCCCGAGCCCACCGUGCCCGUCAUCCAGAGCACCUUCGGCAUGAAGAUGGAGCCCAGCGUGCCCAGCGUGGUGCCCAGUGAACCGGUCAAUGGCGAGGACGACAUGGACAUGUACGAGGACUUCGAGGACGAGCCCAAAUCGGACUACAGCAGUGAGAACGAGGCGCAGGAGCCCGUCAGCGCCAACUGAGGCUUUCGCUCGCGGCGGAUAGAAGGAGUACUGAAGGAGGAGGGGGGGAAAAAAAACAACUACAGAACAAAUUUAAAAAAGAGAGAGAAAAGAAAAACUUGUUUCUGAUAAUAUAUCCCUUAGGAGCCUGCAUGCACGUGUGGCUCCCGGCUUCAUCGGCUCUUCGGUCUUAAAUGUUUCUUCGAGUGUGAAGCAGUUUGAUUGUGUUUUUUUUUUUUUUUUUCUUCAGUUUUUAUAGUUUUAUUCUUAUUUGAUCAUGGAUGUGUACACAAAUUGACCUGUAAAGUUACAGAGGGCAGGACUUGAAACACAAUUAUAGCUCUCACAGUCUUACAUAUAUAUAUUUGUUGUUGUUGUUGUUGUUGUUGUUAUUGAUACUUUUUUUUUUUUUUUUUUUUUUAGAUCACUGUUUUUGACGGGGUUCUGUAUUUCUCUCAGGUAUGCUGUGCCAGCCAACAGCUUGUGAAUGUUUUAUUUUGAUUUGAACUAUUUAAAAAUAAGGAAGAAGACAGCAGAACAACAACAAAAAACAAAAAAAGAACAUGUAAAAAUUGAUGACGAAACACAAAACUGCCCCUUCUUUUAACUUAUCUAAUCUUACCUUACCUUAUUUUAUCUUAUCUAAAUGCUCUUCUUAAUUGUUCUCUCAACACGACGUCCAAAUCCUGGUCCAGCCACACCGUUAACUUCCUUCCAUGCAAUCUUAGAUCUCCAAGUCUUAAAGGAGAGCGUUCACGAGUCUUAGACAAUCCUCUGGAAUUUUAUCGAGGUCGAGAAAUAAAAAAAAGAAGAAAAGAAAACCAACCUUUUGCGUCCUUCCCUCUUCUUGAAGCACUCAGGAAUUUUAGAGGCAGUGAUGUUAGAGAUGCUGGAUUUUUGAUUAAGGAGAUCUGAAAGUCCUUGUUCAGUCCAGUCCAGGAGGUCUAGUGCGGUGAUCAUGCAGCCUGUCUUGCCCUUCGCUUCAGUCUUACACCCACGACGUUCUUAAUCAAACAGAUUGGCCAGCGUGCCAAAGCGGGGCCAAAGGCGUCCAAUCUACGAAAUUGAAAAGGCAGCAAAAGGCAGCUUCAGUGGCAUUACAAUCAGAAAAUUGCUGUUGUACAAUGCGUGCUGGUUUUUAUUAUUAUUUUUUUUUACAGCAGCAAGUCCAUAAGGGCUUUCUGUCACCGUAAAGGCCUUUUUGGAACGUUGUAAACCUUAAGCGACACGAGAAAGUCUUAAAGCAGGGCAUAAAUAAGUCUUAAAGAAACAAGAAGUUUGUCUGGGCCAGAUAACGGAGACGUGGUGCAUAUUUAGGGGGAUAAAAACAUUGUUUAGUAGCGCAGCAGGUUAUACUACCGCGCUGUUGGAUUCUGGAUUGUGAUUGGUCAGAAGGUGUUGAUUCGUUUUCUAUAACAGCGACUCUGCAAAAUCACAGGUUUAUAUUAAUGCGUCAUCGGCUCGUUCGGACGGGGAGAUAAGCUGCUGAAGUUUCCUCUAAGCAGCCGUUUACUUCUUAACAUUUAGGGAAGGAGUCUCCAGUGUCAGAGGACAGUGGAGUUUUGUUCUUAUUAGCUUCACAAGAGAGAGAACGGAACAGCUGUUCGUUAGGGUUCGUUAUAACUGGCUAUAAAGUACAACGUGCCAUUGUUGAAUCAAUAAUAAAACACUUCAUGACGUGCUGUUAUGGAAAAUCGACAACUCAGGGGUGAGAAGGCCCCGACGUCAGCUCUCGUAUCUCGAGAGGCGGCGCCAUCUGGCUCCGGACUCGGACUCGGUCUCGGACUCGGACCCGGCGUCCGUCGGAAGCCGCGGAAAACAAUACGGGCGGGACGGGAGGGAGUGGAUCGCCGAUUGUGCUCACUCCAUCAAAGUGCAGCAGAAACCCAUGAGGUGCUGCCGAGCAGAUGGAACAAGUAGAUCAAGCUGUGGGAGAUUAUUAAAAUGACUGACGAGUCUGUAUCAUCUGAAAUGCGCCAUUAUUAAUGCAUGAGGCUCGGCUAUUUUCCUCUUGCCCUUGAACCUGUCUUAUUUUAUUAUUUUUUUUAUUUCCAUUAGCAACACGGCAAUUACUGCUGGGCUGAUGAGCUGCUGGUCACUGCGUUGCCUCUCAAGGUCGUAAAUAUAAAUAAAUUAAGCGAUUCAUUUUUUAAAAUAAAAAAAGUUCAAUAUAAAAGUUAAGCACUUAUUUACUUUCCUCCUAGCAUUAACAAUUUCUGCAAAGCCCCUGAAAUGGAGAAGCAUUUACUUCGAGUCUUAGAAGUCUCUUAAGCACUUCUGUAAUCUCAAAAAAAAAAAAAAAAUUCUUUUUGACUUUUUCUCUUUUUUAAAUUUUUUAAUUUGCUGUGAUUUUUCUCGUGAGGUACAACACCAACGCUUGGCAGGGUUUUAACCCCUGAUUAUUCUAAAUUCGUUUUUUCCUUGUUUUUUUUGUUUCUUUGUUUGUUUGUUUGUUUUAAAUAGGUGUCUUGUUUAAAUUUGUUUCAUAUCUGUUUGCUGGUAGAUUAACUUGUACGUGUUUUGUACAUAUUUUGUUGACCACGCCAAACUGAUUUUCUAGGCUGGCGGUAGACAAAAGGACUGUUGUCAGGACUGAAACUUGAUCACGCUUGUGUAAUGGGGGGGGAGAGACAGACAGAGAGAGACAGACAGAAAGAGACAGAAAGAAAGAAAGAAAGAGAGAGAUUGAGAGGACUUCGGUCACACACAGAGUUUCAUACGUGUUACAAGCACUGGAUAUAAAUGGUAUUUUUAUCGAUUCUGACUAAUGUGAAGCCGUCGUGCGAGAAAAAAAAAAAUCCACACGAACAAAAGUGACCCGUUUGGACUUCCCAGAUUUGAGUCAUUGUAUUUUUUUUUUUUGUGUGUGUGUGUGUGUGUGUGUGUGUGUGUGUGUGUGCGUGUGUGUGUGUAUUUUUUUUUCUUUUGUUAAUUUAUGCAAAGACACGUGAUAAACGAACACUUUUGUUUAAGCUCCAGUGCUGCCUAAGGGAGAUAAAGAGCAGUAAACUCGACAGAAGGCUCACGUAAGAGACUGAUCAGCCGAGACACACCGGACUUCAAUCGCGCAUCCGAAACUCUCAUGUACGUUUGUGUUUGUAUAUUGUAUUUGAAACCUAUAUAGUGCAUAUAGACUUUUAUUGUAUUUAUUAGCCGUUGUCGGCUAUAAAAAUUUGUCAGUAGACCUUAAUAAAAAGGACAAUCAGAGAAAAUACAGUGACGCUGAAUUGGAACUCAAAAUUUGUUUUGUUUUUUUUUGUUUUGUUUGUUUGUUUGUUUUUUAAAAACACAUUUACCAUCUCAUUCUUUUUGGAUUUUUUUUUUUUUAUUGUUUUUUUCUCCAAAAUUGUAAAUAUAACAUAGAAAAAUAGAAUUCUAUUUUUGUUCGUGGAUACUUAUUGAAGUAUAAGUUAUGUUAUAUUUGACUUGUUGUUGUUGCUUUCCUUUUUUUUUUUUUGUUUGUGUAUGUCGGUCAAUCAUUCUUUAGGGAAAAAAAGAAAGGAAAAAAAAGAAAAAAGAAGAAGAAUCAAAAACUAGACAAGUCACUGUACCUCAUGUAGAUGCUGAGCUCAGUCCCUGUUGAUCAGACAGUAUUGGAUCCGACUCGAGGAACCUCACUUUCACAAGACGUCCUUUCGAACUUCGAACUUCGAACUCGUCGCCACGAUAGAUUCGGCCAAUCGGUCGAAAAUAAAAAAAAACGAUUUGGGCGUCACGCGUGAGAUCCGGAAGUGAGGUUCUCGCUAAGCUCGGUCCAUGGUGGAUGAACAAAUAUUUAUUAUUUUUUUAUGCUGAAUAACAUGGACACGUUCUUAGAAUUUUCUUUUUUCUUUCUUUCUUUCUUUCUUUCAGCUUUUCAGCAGCUGCAGUCCAUUUUGUGUUCAAUUAAUUCAUAUCACUGCCAUCUUUUUAUGCAAAUUAGAUACAACUGAAGACAAAAUACAUAUGCUGUUUCUACUUAUCUUACUGUAAUUCUGUUUCAGUCAUUAGAUGUUUUUUAAUAAUGUAUAUUGUGGGAUUCUUUUAUUCUUUUUUUGUUGCUAAUUUAAUCAGCACAAUUCACUGACAUGCUGGACUGAAAUGCUAGCUGCUGUUCAGAAGAGUACGUUUUUUUUUUGUUUGUUUGUUUUUUUUUUGCUGUCAGGGACAAAUUAUUGUCAUUGCAAUGGUACUUUCUAGUUUCUAGUCUCUCAAGCAACACUGUGUGCGUGGCUCAUCGAAUGCCCGGGCCGCUCUCGACUUCGAAUCCCGCUGGCAGCCUGAUAAUUAUAUUUCUUUUUGUUUUGAAUUUUUGUUUUUGUGCAUAUAGAAACCGGUUUCUCGGCAGGUACCUGGCCAGGUAUUGUUCGGGCGUUAGAGAUAUAGAACUAGUGUGCUGCUUUAAAGAGAGAGAGAGAGAGAAAAAAAUACAAAAUAAAAAACCCAGUACAAAAAAAGUAAUUAAGUCUAAAAAUGUAAAUAGUUUAUCAUAUCUUGUACAGUCCAGUGUAAAGUUUUUAAUUGAACUUAAAGGUUGCCAUCACGCUCUCGUUCACAGUUUUCUUCUUUAUACAGUAUGAAAAAACAGUACGAAAGACGGCGAUUUGCUAAGGGUAUUAUUGUUUUAAAAAAAAUAAGACAAAAAAAAAAAAGUACUAAAAAGAUUUUCUGCUUGGCUUCAGUAUGUAAACCAGCAACUUAUUGUUUUUUUUUUUGUUUGUUUGUUUUUUCCAUGUGCAGUAUUGACGUGAGGUAAACUAAAUUAAUUCUACAGUCGUAUGUUCCAGAGAUGAGUCUACGAGUCUCUCUGUAAUGGUAGUAUUAAUAUAAAUAAAAUAAUCCAGAUGAGUGACGCAUUUUGGUUUAUUUAGGCACCUUAGUGGAUUGUACAAUUCUCUAGGUCGCUCUCCGUACAGGAGGCGUUUUUAUUUUUUGUUUGUUUUUGGUUGUUUUGUUUUUUUUGACAUAAAGUUGUAAAGUAAUGACAUUUCUACAGUAUACUCAAUACAUUUGAUGUACAAUGGCAGAAGAGGGAGUUCCUGUCUGUUUUAGCUCAUUUACCUCAAGAGUUUCCUCUUUUUUUCCUUCAUAAAAACCAUACACACACACAUACACACACACACACACACACACACACACACACACACAAACAUACAACCAGAAAAUCGUCUCACCAUCACUCCAUCUUUUGUACUGCUGUUGACACUUACAAAUUAAAGAGACAUUUUGUUUUAAA